GAUGACAGUUUGAUGCAUUAGCACAGCUUGCGUUGAUUAAAUUGUUAUUUCAAAAAUCUACUGACAUAAUAUUCAGUGCAGCAAAGUCUUUUGUAAUCCGAGGACUAAUUACUUUGAAAUUAUCUAAUUGAAUUUAAAUAAACAUAAAACAAGUUUGAAAUACAGUGAGUUUAGAUACUUCUUAAUACCUAGAUAUAUCUAAUUGAAGAAAAAUGUUGGAGGAUUUCCCACUACACAAAGCCAUAGUCGAAAAUGACGACGACUCGGUCGAGUUAUUGUUGAACUACGUAGACAUAAAUGAGAAAAAUAAAUGGGGUCAUACUCCCGUAUCUUUAGCAAUAGUUAAAAAAAAUUUGAAAAUAGUUCGUUUACUGUUAGAUAACGGGGCCAAAACUAGCAUUUUGAUAGAAAAAUUUUACCCAAUUCACUUGGCGGUAAAAAUAGGAUCGUUGCCUAUAUUCAAAUUACUGCUAGAAUACAAAGUUAACUUGCACGUAAAUACAGCUUGUUUGAGUCAUUGUAUCCAUUUAGCCGCGCGAUACGGCAAAUUAGAAAUAUUGGAAUACAUACUGGAAUUAGGGGUGGACGUCGAUCUUUUCGACGGAUCCAAAUACACCCCCUUACAUAGAGCGAUUUUCGCCGGAAAAACCGAAGCUGUGAAAUUUCUUUUACAGCGUAACGCCGAUAUAAGCAUCACUGAUAAUCAUGGAAAUACCGCCCUACAUUUCGCCGUUAUACUCGGUAUGACAACGAUAACGCAGGUACUUAUCGCUCACGGCGCUAACAUCGUCAAAAAAAACUAUUCGCGAUUAACGCCGUUAGAUUUCGCUUCAAUACACGGUCGAUUCGACAUUGUGAAAUGUUUGUACGAAGCCGGCGCGGGGUGUAAUACCAGCGGAAAAUGUACCUACAGUCCACUACAUCUAGCGACGCAAUACGGUCAUGUAGAAAUCGUCGAAUAUUUCCUAAACAAAGGAUUCGAUAUCAAUUUCGCGACUAGAAACGGAUAUACGAUGUUACACGCCGCGACUAGAAACAAUCAUCCUCGAUUGGUUCUGUUAUUAAUAGAUCGUGGUGCCGAUUUGAGAUGUACGACUAAAACAAAAAAUUAUAGUGCUUUGGAUUUCGCGGCGCUUAGCGGUAAUCCCAGUAGUAUCAAUAUUCUGAUACAAAAUUGCGCAAAUUUCGAAGUAAAAUCUAACGGAGAAUGUCGCUUGAUAAAUUUAAUAUCGAAAAAUUUCGAUGACACUCUUCCCCAAGUUCAACAACAAAAGUUUCGGGCGGCUACUGAGAUUAUUAUUAAAUUUCUCGUUUUGCGAAAUCGACACGCGCCCGUCUAUUUCCCCGAAAGAAUCCCGUUUUUGAAAGAGCUGGAACAGUUUUGGUACGACUGUAAACAGGAAAUGGAAAUAUUGGAUAAAAUUUAUAUUGGUAACACUACAAUUUCGCAAUACCAACUGUUAAAAGCUUUACUUUUCGAUAAACAGUUGGAGAAAUAUAUAAAAAACGAAGAAUUAUCUAUAAUAUAUAGUAAUUUACAAGCUCAUAUCAAAAUACCUUCGAUAUUUGAGAAUAUUAAUAGAUUAAUAAGGGUCGGUGUAUCUAGGGGUAAGACGAGAAAUAUUAUAGCGAAAUGCGCCCAUUCUAUAAUUACCGAAAAAAUAAAAAAUAAGCUACCGCUCGAGAUUGUAAUGCAAAUAAUCGAUUAUCUUACUACAGAAGAUAUGGCUCAUCUUGUAAAAUUAGAUAUAAAAUGUGCGUUUCAAAUAUAAAUACACAAACGUCAUAACAAAACGAACAAUAUCAUAUGAAAGUAUGUGUGCUAAAUGAACUCUCGAUUUUGUACAAGAUGGCUGUCAUGUCAAGUGAUUUUUCGAUGUUGACAAGUUUAUUAAUUCACAGAACAAUUGUUUGAAAAAUUAGUGUUCCGUCGUUUAUCUAUGUAGUUAUUUGUUAAAAAUGUUGAAUAGUUACCAAUAAAAAGUUUAAAAGC